CACUUCCACUUCCGACUCUGUGUUUUCAUUAGUUUCAAUAUGGCGGUACACACGUAGGGCCGAACGGCAGGUCUCUCCUGAAACUGAUUAUACAGUUUCUUGAAUUGUGAACUACCAUCAUAUACAAUGCACAAAGUAUAAAGAAUGGAAGAGCCAAAUGUUGGCAAAGCUUCUUUUGAACGAUACACUCCAAAGUAUCCUUUACCAGAAGAAAUUCGUAAAAUGAAGCGUGAUGACACAAUAUGCCAGUACUGUGGAGUUAGCUAUCUUAUUCAUGCAGAAAUCAAAGCCCUGGAAGAAAAGCUUCUGGCUAUAGAAAAGGAGCUGACAUUCUAUAAGGGGAAAGAAGACAGAGAAAGCCUGUUAAUCAAGGAAAAGGAGGAGUUACUUCAGUAUAAACAAGACCAAGAAAAAACAUUAUUAGCCAAAGAUAACAUGCUGGCAACCUUGAAACAAGAACUGAAGAAGAGCUCAGAAGAUAACAGCAGUCUGGUAAAUAAAAUUCAGGCAUCAGCAGAAAAUGAAAAUAAGUACAGAGAGCAGUAUUUGACAGCUUUGCGGCAGCUGUCAGUCCUGAAGUCUUUUGUGCAAAAGCAGAAAGAUGAUGUCAAUCUCACCCGGAAAAAUGUUAUAGAACUAAAAGAAGCUGCAACUGACCAAGUACUGUUUGCAAAAGAAAAACUGAAAGACAUAUGCAAGGGCUUUCAAAAAGAUUUUGAUGAUCUACAGUCACGUCUGCAAUGUCUUGAGAUGGAGCAUAUGGUUACCUCCCAGUCUAACAAAACCCUAACAGAAAAGCUACAGCAGCAAGAGGAAAAGAUGAAGGUUCUUGAGAAGUGUAAACAAGAAAUGUUAACUCUAGACAACCGCAGUAAGGAGUUAUGCACCUGCAUACAAGAAAUGCAGACUAAACUAGAUGAAGCUGAGUCCCAGAACAGGCGUUUGCAGAUGGAGGCAGACCAGUACCAGAGACAGAUAAGGACAAAGACAGAGGAAGUUGAAGAAGCCAUUAGACAGAAGCAGCAGCAAGUGAAGAACAAUGAGAUGGCAGUCAAAGAAUUGCAGGAAUGCAUUCAAAACAAAGAUGGAGAAAUUACUAACCUUCAAAAAAGGCUGAAGAACCUGGAAAAUUUACACUUAGAGGCUGAGAGGUGGAAAGCAGAUAUAGAGCAACAGAACAUUUCAACAGCACAUGAAGCUAAAGAGUUAAAGGAGAGCUUGAUAAGAGCCCUGAAAGAUGCUGAGGCUUUGAAGGCAGAAAGAGAGAUGAUGAUAUCUGCACAUCAAUCACGAAUAGAAGAUUUGCGAGAGAGUUUCAAGAGAAAAAUGGCUCAGCAGGAAAAUUCUCAAGAAAAGAUACAAACUGCUUUAGAAGAAGAGAAACAUAAACACCAAGCAGAGCUAGCAUCUCUUGAAGCAAAACUAAAGGAGAGCUUUGUACUGGAGGUGCAAAUAGAAAAACAAAAAUAUGAAGAACUUCUGCAAAAAUAUCAGACAGAGCGCACUUCUCAGAAAAUGGCAGAAAUAACGGAACUGGAGGCACGGCACCAACGGGAGGCACAGGGCUUUGAGCAGCGCUUCGCCGAGACCAAGAGGCAGGCGGAGGUGCGGGAGACAGAACUACGGCGGGAAAUUGAGAGUCUCAAGAAAAUCAUCGCCGAGCUUCAAGACAGGCUUGGCCGAUUUCAAAGUCGUGGUGAGGAGAAGGUGGAGGAGCUGCAGCGCCAGUUAGUGGAGGUGCAGGGCGACCUCAGGACGUGGCGGGAAAAGGCAGAAGUCUUGGAGUCGUCACUACAACAGUCACGUGAAGAGGUGCAGUUUCUCCAGGACACCGUGCGUAAAGAAUGCGAGGAGAGGUUCGAACUAACGGAGGCACUGAGUGAGGCUAGGAGGGAGCUUCUUUCUUUUAAAAAGCCAGCAGGGGGCUACAUACCUAGUGGCACCCCACGUAACACCGCGCAUGUCCCGGACAACGGCCUGGCCCCACUGAGGAGGAGCACGAGCGUCAGCAGCUUUCAGUCGAGCUUGAGCUCUGCCUCUGUGGCUGAGGACAUCAACAAGCCACGUCCACCACCUGUGCCUCCCAACAAUGUCAACGUCAGCUUCAACGGCGAGGCGCGGAAGAGCAGCAGACAGAUGCUGGGCGCCUCCAUUGCAGACAACAGGAGGCGCAUUGCUGCUCUCUUGGGAAAGUUAUCCCCAUAGACACUGUAUGCCACACCUUGAGUCCUUUGUGAACUUGUGAGCAAACACGCGUACAUUUUGUGGACACCUUAGCAACAACUGGUUUGCUACCAGACAUUGAUUCGUUAAGAAGCAAGCGAUUAACUUCAAGGGACCUGAAUACUUUUUGAAAACCUGCUAACUUGUUAACGAACAAGUCAUUAACUGCAAGUAGCAUGACUAGUUUGUAUUAGCUCGUUAACUUCACAGUUAUAAUAUUAAUUUUUCGUGAACCUUUGAUGGACAUGUAAUUACAAUGCUUCAAUUUAAAUUUAACAAUCAGGUUACUUAAAAGGUAACAUGUUGUAUGAAGAAUUAUCGACUGCUUGUUAAAACAAAAACAGAAAAAUUAAAUGAGGCGCAAAGUAGUCUAAGUGUACUUAUUUUCUUUUCCUUGGAUUUUUUUCCUCGAUGGAAUUUCCAGCGUUUAUCGUUGUCAAUGUGAUCAUAAACCAUCCUAUUAGGAAUCGCAUGAUCAACUCCAUACUUAGUGAAAAUAAAAACCAGGGGAGAUGAC